AUGAUUCUUGUCACCCAAUUGUUUGGGUGCCCCAACAAUCGGGUGACCAAACCGCAGUUUGGUGGGCUCAGGAUUGGCAAGGCCAAGAACUGCCCUGGCUGGCGGUUGGACCGACCGGCGCUUGACAACCGGCUGGCCGUGCUCGCCAUGCUCGCCGUCAUCUGCUCCGCCGCCUUCGGCGCCGAAGAAGAGAAGCCCAAGGACCUCGAGGGCGCCGAGUCCUACCUGGGCUACGGCGGCUACGGCUACGGCUACCCGUCCUACGGCUACCGGUCCUACGGCUACGGCUACCCAUCAUACGGAUACGGACACGGCUACGGCUAUGGCGGCUACAAGCCAUACGGUCUCUACCGCAACUACUGGUGAACAAUUCACGGAAAAAACCCCGUCUGAUUCCUGCUGAUAUGAACCAAAACCAACCCACGACCUUUUUCGGCAUUUUUUUUUUUUUUUGCGUGUGUGUUUUUUCGUUUCUUCUUUUUUUCGCAAACGAAGGAAAAAAGUUGAGGAAAAAACUUUUUUGUUUUGUUUGAAGAUGAUGAUGACAAGGGAAAGAGGAUAAGGAGAAAUGCGUUUUCCCGCAUCUUUCUUCUUCCUUCCUGGGUUAUUGUCAAACAUCAGUGAAUGAUGAUCAGAGAGAACCGAUGAUGCAGGUUUUCUACGUUUUUUUCCACCCUGUGCUAUUGAAAGACCAAAUAAAAAAUGCGUCCACUGUGUGCUAUCACUUCUCAAAAA